GAAAAAUAAAAACAAAAACUCUCUUCCGCUUCAGAAGGUUCAAAAUAUGGGUCCGAAUUAACAUUGUCGAUGAGUGUAAAGCAUAUCAAAGCCAGCAACAGCGAUGUCGAAACCGAGGCGACCGCAUUUUCUCAAUGUCUUCUCCUCUACUUCAAGUGCUAACAGCCUGAGAAUUCCAGUGGGAUUUAAUAGAAACUUGGAGGGAAGAGUUUCUGCGUCAGUUUUGUUAAAAGGACCAAGUGGGUAUAGUUGGAAUGUUAAAUUAGUUCAAAGAAAUGAUGACUUAUUAUUUGAUGAAGGAUGGGCUGAUUUCGUCGCAGACCAUAGCCUAGAAUGUGGUGAUUUUUUGGUUUUUAGGUAUGAUGGUGACUUGGUUUUCGAGGUCAAAGUGUUUGAUCAAAGCAGUUGCGAGAAAGAAGUUGCUUUUCAUUGUAAAUGCAGUCAAGCUGGUAGCGUGUUUAAUGGAAUUUUGGGGCAGAAGAGAUAUAGGGAGGAGGAGGAUGUUUCAUUGGAUCAAGAUUGUGAAGAGUUGUUAAAGAGAAUCAGACAGAGUUCUUCGGAGUCCGUUCGUGAUGAAGAACAUUGUGGGCGUGAGCUGAUUCUUGCUACCACAAGUUGUCAAGGAUUAACUUCCUGUGAUGAAAAUCAUGAUGGAACCAUCCUGAAAAUAACUGGCAAAGAAGAUGACUUGAACCUUCAUGGCAGUGGCUGUAUACAGAUGAUAGGAGAAUUUGAAGAGAAGAAAGUGGCUCAGUCUUUUAACUCAUGUUUCCCCUUUUUUGUAAGAAUUAUGAAAAGAUUCAAUGUCAGUGGCUCUUAUACAUUGAAUAUUCCAUAUCAGUUUGCAAUGGAACAUCUUCCAAACUGCAAGACUGAGCUCGUGCUUCAGAAUCUGAAAGGAGCUUGUUGGACGGUGAAUUCUGUGCCUACAACAAGAGUGCAUACAAGUCAUACUUUAUGUGGUGGAUGGUUGAGCUUUGUCCGUAGUAAUGAGAUAAAGGCCGGAGACAUUUGUAUUUUUGAAUUGGUGCACAAAUUUGAAUUCCGUGUGCAUAUUCUUCGGGUUGGACAGGAAGACUUGGACAGGCAAAGCAGAAAAGCAGUCCUGGACAGGUCUGAUUCCACUUUACUGAAGAAACUUGUAAAGAACACUUCAAAGGUCCACUCAAAAUUGAAAAAGGUUCAAAUCUGUGAUAACAAAGGGUCUAAGGUGCUUGACAAAUGGAAAUAUGGUAAUGCAGCAAAAAAAUCUGCCAGUUUUGUGCUCUGCUCUUUGUCAAGGUCAGGCACUGAAAAGCAAGCUAUUAGUGGUUUGAGAAUGAUGAUGACAGUUGAUGAAGAAAAAGCUGCUAGGUCUUUUGCUUCUCGCUUUCCUAGUUUUGUGAGAAUUAUGAGAAAGUUCAACAUCAGUGGUUCGUAUACUUUGAAAAUACCGUAUAAGUUUUCAAAGGAGCAUCUACCCUACUGCAAAACACAAGUAGUGCUUCGUAAUUUGCAAGGCAAGUGUUGGACCGUAAAUUCUCUCCCAGAUUCAAAAGGUCGAGCUGUGCAUACCUUCUGUGGAGGAUGGAUGGCCUUUGUUCGUGAUAAUGAGAUAAAGAUUGGUGAUAUCUGCAUAUUUGAACUUGUCAACAAUUAUGAAAUGCGUGUGCAUAUAUCUGGGCCGGGAAGAAAAGGGCUAGAUCGCCAACACACUUCUUUGUAAGGUAUAUUGAAAACUUCAACCUUCAGGUGAUAAUAUGUACUGAUGCACGCCUUGGUUUCUUUCUAUCCAUCUCUUUCGUUCUCUUCAUGUGAAGCCAAGUAUGUGGAUGAAAAGGGUUUGAAAGAACCUGCUUCCUUUAGGAGCAGUUUCAGGGAACUGGAAUCUGUUAAUGUUAUUAUUUGCCUGCUAAGUAGACCUACACUGCCUGAUCAAAUCGUGUUAUUAUUACUAUAUUGUUCCACUAAUCUAAUGCUGACUAUGAGAUGCAAUUUAUUUGGACCUUUGGCUAUCGACACUGAUAUUUUUUUUGUAGUCUUUUACCCAAGUAAUGGCAAAGGGGAAAUCUUUUCAGGAACUCAUAACCAGGAUUUGUGGAAUGGGGUUGUCUAUAUUUGUAAGGAGGGAGAGGAAUAACUGCUGAAUGUUUGACACAUUGCAGCAGUACUUUGAAAUUCAAUUGUAUGGAUUCUAUUAACCUGGGGAUCAUCAUGUUUUCUUAAUUUGCUUUGGGUUUGAUGGGAGUUUUAAGGAAGUGAUGGCAAAUAUUUGAGGGAUUAGCUUAGCUACUUAUUCUCAAACAUGGAAUUGCAUAUUCGUUCAAUCUGAAAGCAGUGUCCUAGCUUUGGAAAGUAAAAAAGAAUAUUGUAUUUUAUAUGGGAAAGAUAAUGUGUACUUUUGGAGUGUAGCUUUGGAAUGGCCACAAUGUUGCUUUUGAAAA